CCCGGGGGAAAGAAAGAAUGAGAGAGAGAGAGAGAGUGGCCCUUUCCCUCCUCGGAACCGUCGUUUUACUUCUGUUAUCGGUUGUUGCCCGUUGUGCCGUUUGUUGUUGUUUAUUGUUGGUUCGCCGGGGCGCGCUCGUCGGAAUAAGCGUGCCGACUGCCGCGCGCGCGACAUGACGCGUCUCCGCUGAAGAGCAACGGAAAAGUCGCGUCUCCCGGCCAGUGCAGCGAGACACGUCGUGCAGCAGAUACCUUGGCUUGGCGUACCUCCGUGGACGCAUCGAGCGGGAAACCGCGCAGGAAGGAUGUAUCCCAGCGCCGGAAUCAACGCAGCCGCCGUGGCCGCCGCUGCCGCCAGGCAUCCGGGUCCACCGCAGCCUGGGCAGCCGUUCAAAUUUUCGGUCGGCGAGUCCUGCGAUCGUAUAAAAGAGGAGUUCAACUUUUUACAAGCCCAAUAUCACAGCCUUAAAUUGGAGUGCGAGAAACUGGCCAGUGAAAAAAUAGAGAUACAGAGGCAUUACGUGAUGUAUUACGAGAUGUCGUACGGGCUUAACGUGGAGAUGCACAAACAGACGGAAAUAGCAAAGAGAUUGAACGCCAUCGUCGUACAGAUCCUGCCGUUUCUAUCGCAGGAGCAUCAGCAGCAAGUCGCGUCGGCGCUCGACAGAGCCAAACAAGUGACCAUGACCGAGCUGAACACUAUUAUCGGGCAACAGAGGCCCGAUCUGCCGAGACUUCUACAACAGAUGCAUGCCCAACAACUGCCACCGGGUGCGGCGAUGGGACCGCAUCCGGGUAUACCCGGACUUCCUGGGUUGGGCCCGGGCGCGGGUAUACCGGUCCCCACCUCGGCAUCCGCGGCGCUUCUCGGUUUAGGCCUUCCCCCGGGAGCGGCUGCCACCCCCGGAGGCACAGCCGCGCAUCCGUUAUCAAUGCUGACAAAACCGGAACUUCACCGCGGUCAACCCGACGAUCUCAAACCUAACGGAGGACUCAAUCCAGCCGAGGAGAGGCAUAGAAACUCGAUAUCGCCGGCAGAACGGGAGAAGUACAGACCGCGCAGCAACCCCGAUCCUCAGCACGAACAUCUACUGGGGAAGAAGCUGAAAAAGGAGCAGGACAAGGACAUAGGCCAUCAAAGCGAUGGUGAAAAGAGCGACCAAGACCUGGUGGUCGACGACGCGAGCGAGGGUCCGACCAGUCCGGCGGCGAACGGCACGGCGUCGCCGCGAGAGAACGGUCUCGACAAGUUGGGCCCGUCCUCGGUGCCUCUAAGCGGCCAGGUGAAGAAGGAGGUACCACCCCCGUCACCCAGAAGUGGCACCAGCAGCAACGCGAGCACGCCCUCGGCCAAGAAGAUGGAAGAACGCGAGAAACCGACGACACCGAUCUCGAAACCGGUCACACCGACGUCGGCAGGUAGCAGUUCCGGCUCCGGUGGCCUGAAACCAUCGAGCUCCAGCAAACCGUUGGUCUCGGCUUCAGUGGUCGGCCCUUAUCCGCCGCACUAUCCGCCACCACAUCAUCCGUCCGCGGGACCUCACGUGGACAUGCUGGGUUAUCCCCAGGCGGCGCUCAACGGUGGUUACCCCACGAGACCACCCCUUCAGCAGCUUUACGAUCCUCAUGGCAGCAUGAGAGCACCGCUCGGACCGAUCAUUCCUCCCGGUGGUAAACCCAGUGCAUACAGUUUCCACGUGUCCAGCGAAGGGCAGAUGCAGCCGGUGCCGUUCCCGCAGGACGCUCUCAUCGGCCCGGGCAUUCCGCGUCACGCACGUCAAAUAAACACGCUCACUCACGGUGAGGUAGUCUGUGCCGUGACAAUCUCAAAUCCGACCAAAUACGUCUACACCGGCGGCAAAGGCUGCGUCAAGGUGUGGGACAUUAGUCAGGCUGGCAGUGCUAGCGCGAAACCUGUCUCUCAGCUCGAUUGCCUCCAACGGGACAACUAUAUCAGGUCGGUGAAACUGUUGCCAGACGGCAGAACUCUGAUCGUGGGAGGCGAGGCGAGUAAUCUCAGCAUCUGGGAUCUGGCAAGUCCGACACCGAGAAUCAAAGCCGAGCUGACCUCCUCGGCGCCGGCGUGUUACGCCCUGGCCAUCUCGCCGGAUUCGAAGGUCUGCUUCAGCUGUUGCAGCGAUGGCAACAUCGCCGUGUGGGAUUUGCAGAAUCAGACGCUGGUUAGACAAUUCCAAGGUCACACGGAUGGCGCGUCGUGUAUCGACAUCUCCGCCGACGGGUCGAAACUGUGGACAGGUGGUCUCGAUAAUACUGUGCGAUCCUGGGACCUUAGGGAAGGCAGGCAGUUGCAGCAGCACGAUUUCACGUCACAAAUAUUCUCUUUGGGAUACUGCCCCACCGGCGAAUGGUUAGCCGUGGGUAUGGAAAAUUCGAACGUCGAAGUGCUCCAUGCCACGAAGCCUGACAAAUAUCAGUUGCAUCUGCACGAAUCUUGCGUGCUGUCGUUACGUUUCGCUUCGUGCGGCAAGUGGUUUGUCUCUACUGGCAAGGACAAUUUACUUAAUGCGUGGCGCACGCCAUACGGUGCCUCGAUUUUCCAGUCGAAAGAGUCGUCUUCGGUGCUUAGCUGCGAUAUUUCUACGGACGACAAGUACAUUGUGACCGGAUCUGGCGACAAGAAAGCCACCGUCUAUGAAGUGAUGUAUUGAGCCACGUAUUGGCUUGAUGAUACAGUCUGACAGAUAUAUAACAUCGAUUGAAGUUUCUCGUGACAUUAAGUGUGAUUGACUCAUGACGGAGGAAUUAAAAAAAAAAUAGUUUUUUUUACUCCUUAAAUGUGACUUGAAGCAUCAGCUGUACGGCGAAUUAUGAAGUUUAACAAGAAUUGAUAAGACUUGAUCGAUGUACUACGGUCGCUACAUUCAGAAACCGAAUUAAAUUUUACAUUUCCGUAAUCCAAAAAAGAAAACUAAAUUAUAUUCGAGGGAUAUAGUAUAUAAAUUAUGGGGAUAUAUAAAUAUAUAUAUAAAGAUUGCAGCAUUUAGCUGUAUAAGAUUGUAUAGAACUUAAUAAUCGUAAGUAGGAGAUGAAGUGAAUGGAUUAUGAGAGAGAAAAAGAAAGAAAGAGAGAGUACGUAUGUGAGACAAAUGCGUGUAAGUACCCUCCGUCUGUAUUUAGCGUGGGAGGCGAUGAUGAAGUCGCUUGUGUAAUAUGUUACUGAUGUAAUAUAGAAUCUUUAUAAUUAGGUCCUUUUGCACGUGAUCGUGAAGGAAACGAAGCGAAGAAUUAAGCGCAUUUCGUCGGGUGAGGUCGUUCUGUUGCGAUAACGCGAAAAUUCGCAGCGACGAAACGAACCGCCGCGGUGAAAUACCUGAAUACGUACGGAAUGCUGAUCUAGUGUUGUAGACUUGUCAAAGUAGGGAUGUAUGUUGUGUCGCAGAAUUAUACAUAAUAUAUUGAGCACACAUGUAGACAGAACGUUUACGUCAUGUAGCGGAGAAACUGUAGGGCUAUGAGAAACCGAUGAGUAUCGAUCACGCUAACAGUUGUUGAACGUACGCGACGCUGCGUUCGUUCGGUAUCGAAGCCAGUGAUGUGAUCUUUGACAUUUCUACCACCGAUAAGAGGAAUAAUUUGUACUUAUUACACCUUCAGUUUUAAAUACGGUUCUUUUAUAAUUAUAUGGCACUGUUGCGUCUGCCGUUAAGACUUUAUUGUAAUUGAGAUUUUAUAAAACGUGUCGAUGAAGAAGGACGGUGAUAAAACAAAGAAAAAAAAA